CAGCCUCUCGUUGGGAUGGACCUGUUGGAUAAAAGGAGCAUUUUCUAAACGACUCUGUGGAACAGCGAGGAUCAUGUACGAGGAGCCCCCCUGUGAGGCGACAUAACAAGAAAUAUAUUUUCAAAGGGGCCAUCUAAACCACGAUGACGGGGAAACAGGGUGCGUUGCUUUCGGAAAGUUUAAAUCGCUCAGAGAAAACAUCUCUAGGUGCAAAUGCAGGGAACAACAGCCACCAGCCGAAAAGCAGCAUCAACCAUCCACCGACCGCGAACAGGUGCACCAGCUUCGGCAUCCAGGAGAUCCUGGGGCUGAAUAAAGAGCCGCAGACCACACCGAGGAGCCCGCUGAGCUCGCUGCCCGCCGGGGCGCACCUGAUUGCCGCAAGAUCGGUGUUGGGCCCCGCUACAGUCGGCGUGGGUGUCGGGGUGGGAUUAAUUGGCCCCGGUGGAAUUCCGUCGUUUUACGGCCAACCUGCUUUCCUGGAGACAGUGCUGUCAGACGGACAGGACGUCCACCUGCAGCACAGCAGAGGCGCGAGGCCCCUGGAGCCCAGCCAGUCCGCCAGCUCAGACUCCGAGGAUUUAUCUUCAAACGAACGAAAACACACAAAAUCAACUUUAGGGCAGAACAAGAAACGCAAGAAAAGACGUCACCGAACCAUAUUUACCUCCUAUCAGUUGGAGGAGCUGGAAAAGGCCUUUAAUGAAGCGCACUACCCGGAUGUUUACGCUCGAGAGAUGCUGGCCAUGAAAACAGAGCUGCCUGAGGACAGAAUACAGGUAUGGUUUCAGAACCGCAGAGCCAAAUGGAGGAAGAGGGAGAAAUGUUGGGGCCGCAGCACGGUGAUGGCUGAGUAUGGACUGUACGGAGCCAUGGUGAGGCAUUCCAUCCCUCUGCCUGAAUCCAUCCUCAAGUCCGCCAAGGAUGGCAUCAUGGAGUCAUGUGCUCCCUGGCUGCUGGUCCAAGAUGGCUUACCAGUGAGCAGAAGUUAUUCUAAAUCUGAAUACCCGCAACUCUUUACAGGGAUGCACAAAAAGUCCAUAGAGGGAGCAGCUCCCCCGUCAACAGGAAAGUGUGAUGCUCCGCAGCAGCCGAAUGCUCCGAGGCCAGAGGACGUUGAAGUGGAGGAGAAGAGGUCGGAGGGAAAGCCUGUCAUUUCUAAAGAGGAACUGAGAGAGAACAGCAUUGCUGCUCUAAGGGCCAAGGCUCAGGAGCACAGCGCCAAAGUGCUGGGGACAGUUUCUCAUGACAGACCGCUGGAGGGCAAACAGGAGUUCCAGGGGCCUGAAGAGAAGGCCAGUAAUCCAACUAGUCCAGAAGAGGAGCAGAUAAGUCCCUAGAACUAAUUCAGAGUCUAGACUGUCAUUGUGAAAUGAGACUGCUGUGGAUUAGCUACAUUUAGUUUAAAUCUGGAUUAACUGACUCGGAUUUCUGUCCUUCACUGACUUCCUCUAACUGGGCCUCAUCUGGACUUCUAUUAACUUGUGAAAGGAACUUGUUGGUUUCUACCAAGAAGAUGCAAAUGCACUUUUUUCUGAUGUGUUUUCAGACGUUCUCCAGUUUCUUCUUUAAAUAUUAGAGGACCUGACAGAGUAGCAGCAAUAGACGAUAUUGUAAAUAUACCUUAAAAACAGCCAGAUGAGUAAAAGCUAGAUGUAACAGUGCAUUUAUUGCAAUGAGUAUAAUUUAAUUUGUGUCUCUUUCUGACUGUGCUUAAACAACUAUUAAAUUGAAGCAUUUUAGAGGAACCAUCCUAUCAGCAGUAAGAGAAAUAUUUGUUCUAUAUCAUGCUGUAUAUAUAAGGAUAUAUAAAUCUUUAAAAUGUCUUUCAUGUAGUCUUUAAAUGUCAGUGUUUUUUAUUUCAUUAUGUAUAAGUCAAAAGUUAAAACAUAAAAUAGAGACGACUUUAUUAAAUCUGUUUCCCAUGCCUGUGUAA